AAGUGUGCGACUUUUUAGAUUAGCUAAAACCAAAACAAAGAGGGAAAAGAAACAAAAUCAAAGAAGAGAAAGGAGAUUAACCAUAUCGGAAUUAGCAGUAAUAAUGCACAUUUCGGCUGAGGUCAGUUCGACCACCUCAAAUCAAACACACCAGCAGCAGCAGCAACAACACCAGCAGCUACAACAGCAGCAACAUCAGCAGCAGCAACAGGUGACACAGCAGCAGCAUACAACUGCUACAACAACAAUAACAACAACCAGCAGCACAACGAAGCGACGCAAUGUGGAGUCAAAUAACAACAACAACAGCACCACCAACAAUAACAAUAACAACAACAACAACAAUAAUAAUAACAAUAGCAGCAAAAGCAAACCCGUGGAUACAAGCCCGUAUCUGACGCCCGAAAAUCUGAUCGAACGCACCGUCGAUGUCCUGCUUGCCGAACAUCCUGGCGAACUUGUCAAAACGGGCUCACCGCACGUGGUGUGCACAACGCUGCCCACGCACUGGCGCUCCAAUAAGACGCUGCCCAUUGCCUUUAAGGUGCUGGCCCUGGGCGAGGUCAUGGAUGGCACCAUUGUCACCAUACGUGCCGGCAACGAUGAGAACUUUUGUGGUGAGCUGCGCAACUGUACCGCCGUGAUGAAGAAUCAGGUGGCCAAAUUCAACGAUCUUCGAUUUGUGGGUCGCAGCGGCCGAGGUAAGAGCUUCACGCUGACAAUUGUCAUCUCAACGAACCCCAUACAGAUCGCCACCUACACGAAGGCAAUCAAGGUGACGGUGGAUGGGCCAAGGGAGCCGCGCUCCAAGGUGCGUCAUCAGGGCUUUCAUCCGUUCGCAUUUGGACCACAACGCUUUGGGCCGGAUCCACUUAUGGCCGGAUUGCCAUUUAAGUUGCCAGGAUUCGCACAUCAUCUGGUCGGAAUGCACAGCCAUCUGCAUGCACCCGAUUGGCGAGCUCACAUGGCACUGGGUGGUCGUCCCGGCUUUCCCGCUGGCCCCUUCUUUGCGCACCACCAUGGAGCUGCCUUUCCGGCAACUGCAGCGAGCGGCAUACGUGGAUUGAGCGAGAAUCAGCAGCCGCUGGCGACGGUUGGAGCGGCGCAUAGCACCACCAGUCCGGAGGGCUCACCCACAACAACGACGAGUGCGACGCUGAGCGCUUUUGUGCAGCCGGCGGCGUGUAAUGCCAGUGUGGGCAGCUCGCCACCAUUGACGCUGAGUAGCAUGCAGCACCACGACAAUAACAACAACAAUAGCAGCAGCAAUAUCGAUGCGGGAUUCGAGAGCGAUAGCAUCUCGGUGACGGGAUCGCCGCGCAAGAGCAUCAGCUCACUGACGCACGACGACGAGGAGUCGCAACCGAACCUGGAUCCGGAGGCCGAGACGGAUGCAGAAGCGGAGGCGGGUCGCAGUCGCAGCCCCACGCUGCUCAGUGCAGAUGCCAGCAGCGUGGCAACGCCAACAGAGCCUGCACCUGGCAGCGGCGGCGCAUUCACAGCACUCAUCCAACGAAGCAAGAAUCCCACAGAGCUAUUUGGCGGCUUUGCGGCCGCCGGUGCCGCUAGUCAUUUUGCACCGGCGGCGCACAGUUUUAAUCCUGCUCUGGCGGCACAGCUUUUCCUGCAGAGCCCACUGCUGCCCCAGUCCAGUCAAUGGCUCUACACUCAGCUCUAUGGCAGCUACAGCGAUCUACCUUGGCUACGCAGUGCGGCGGCAGCAGCGGCAGCCAGCACAACACCGCAACAGCAGCAACAGCAACAGCAGCAGCAGCAGCAGCAGCAACAGCUGCAGGAUUCGGUGGUUCCCCUAGUGGCAUCUGGUGAUGCUGAUGGUGUCAAUCUAGUUAAGCGUUGCGUCACACUGAUUACGCAUAAUCCACCGGAUGCAGAGAAUGCCAAUCCGAAUGCAUCGCCGCCAGUUAGCUCCACACGCCGCUCACCCUCGCCGGUGGAGACAAUUGAUCUGGACGAUGUUAGCACCACAUCGAGAUCGGCCAGCGGAUCCAGUGGCGCCGGUGGACCUAUACGCACUCGUACGCCAAAGCCGACAUCGGAUGUCUGGCGUCCCUACUAGCGACUGGCUGCCGCCUUGCUGGGCAAUUGUCUGGCGGCACAGGGACAGGGACAGGGACUGGCACUGGGACAAGGAUUGAGUCAGGGUCAGGGGGCGCAGCAGUAGGCUGAGGUUUAUUAUGAAUUUAGGUCAUAUCUGUAACGUGCGAGGGUUGAUCUAGAGUUGAUCAUUGAUUGAGAUUGAGUUUCUCACACUUAUCACAUUCAGAAUUUUGCAUAUUCCAACUAAAAUUCAAACCCAGAUAUUGAUUUAGAAAAAGAAGAC